GGGAAGAUGGCGGCGGCGGCGACGGGCGGCGCGGCGCGGGGGCGGCCCCGGCGGCUCUGACCGCAGCGCAGCGGGCUCGGAGCGCGCCCGGUUCCCCUGGGCGGGGGCGCAGGCAAAGCCCUCCCCGCGGCGGGGGCGCGGCGCGAGGGGGCCAGGCUGGCGCGGUGCGGCGGGCGCUGGCAGGCGGCGAGGCGGCUGCGGCGGUGGCUGCCCGCGGUGCUGGCGCUGGGCUGCUCCCACGCCAUGUUCUCGGUGCUCUCCUACGGCAGGCUGGUGGCCAGGGCGGUGCUGGGCGGCCUCUCCCAGACGGAUUCCCGCGACUACAGCCUGGUGACGGCCAGCUGCGGCUUCGGCAAGGAUUUCCGCAAGGGCAUCCUCAAGAAAGGCAUGUGCUACGGGGAUGACGCCUGCUUCGUGGCCCGGCACCGGACGGCAGACGUGCUGGGGGUAGCAGAUGGUGUAGGUGGCUGGAGAGACUAUGGGGUUGACCCUUCUCAGUUCUCAGGGACUCUAAUGCGAACAUGUGAACGUUUAGUAAAAGAAGGACGGUUUGUACCAAGUAAUCCUGUCGGGAUUCUCACCGCAGGUUAUUGUGAGCUGCUGCAGAACAAAGUACCUUUGCUUGGGAGCAGCACAGCUUGUAUAGUAGUUCUGGACAGAACAAGUCAUCGUUUACACACAGCCAACUUGGGAGAUUCUGGAUUUUUGGUAGUCAGAGGAGGAGAAGUAGUACAUCGGUCUGACGAGCAGCAGCAUUACUUCAACACUCCGUUCCAGCUGUCCAUAGCUCCACCAGAGGCAGAAGGAGUUGUCUUAAGUGACAGCCCCGAUGCUGCCGAUAGCACUUCUUUUGAUGUCCAACUCGGAGACAUUAUUUUGACUGCCACAGACGGACUGUUUGACAACAUGCCUGACUACAUGAUUCUUCAAGAGCUUAAAAAGCUGAAGAACUCCAACUAUGAGAGUAUACAGCAGACUGCAAGAAGCAUCGCUGAACAAGCUCACGAGCUGGCAUAUGAUCCCACUUACAUGUCGCCGUUCGCACAGUUUGCGUGUGACAAUGGAUUGAAUGUGAGAGGGGGAAAACCAGAUGACAUUACCGUCCUUCUUUCUAUCGUAGCCGAAUAUACAGACUGAUCUGCCCGGAGCGUCAGCUUCUGAUGUUUGCAUUAUCCCUGAGCUCCUAGCUUCCCACGUACGGUUUCCUGCUGGCAGGAGUGCUUUCUUUCUUCGCAGCUGAUCUCAGCAGCCAGUUCUCGAGCUUGUUGCCUGCCUUGAGACACAGCCGAAGUCCUUGUUAAGAACCACUCUCCUAGUACACUGGUCUUUGUCUGCCAGCAAGAAAUGAAGAAGCUCAAGGCUUGAAGCAUGUCUCUCAGAGCUUAGUCGUUGUCCUGAAAAGGGAGGGUCGAUCCCACAUCGUUAGUGCGUUUGGAAUGUGACUUGCUUUCAGAGGAGUAGCAUUGGUUUAUCAUCUUUCAGACUAGAUUCAGUAGAUAACACCUCUACCGGGGGCAUAUUACUCUAUUUACUAGAAACAUUCACCGUAUGUUGAAGGGUGCGUUACCGAGCACCGUGUCAUAAGCAUCGUCUUGUUACAGUGAUAGCUGAGGUUUCGUGUUCCUAAGCUCCGGUUUUCAGGAGGUUUGUAACUGCUGUAAACGUUCUGCUCUUGCCAUGCGCGGUGUCAGCCUACGAGCCUUUUCUAGUACAGAAUUUCAAACCCCAUACUUAGUUCAAGUUCUAUGGAUGCAAAUGUGUUUUGUGAUUUCAGGUGCUUAACUGUGAUCUUAAAAGUUCUGCAGAUCAUUCAUCCCUACUGGGCCUGGUAUCUGGAUGUUUUGGCUGUGGAGAAUUCUUAUUUUAUUUUUUAAACAAAAAUUUUCUCUGUGUCUCAAAGUCACACUGGCCAAAGCUGAGGUCCUUUCAGCAUCUGAACCCAUCUUGCCAGCAUGGGAUGAUGUGGCAUAAAUGCUUCGGUGAGGCUGCACAGAGAACAGAUUGACCUCAGCUCUGAACCUCUUCACUUCUGGUAGAUAACUCUGUUGUUAAUGAAGCAUAAUUGGUGUUAGUAACGGCCAUUCCCACUUGCGUAGAACAGAGUAAGCUGCACACAGUGCAGUCCCGUUGAUCCUUAUCUCCCUGGCUCAAACAAGCACCUCUCUGUUUCUGCUGUGGCCGCAGCAGCAAGUCCGGAAAUGCAAAUUCUUAAUGAAUGAUCAGAAAAACUUACAUUUCAGUAACUAAAUUUUAGGGUUUUCAAAUGAACCUUAAUGAUGUUUACAGUUACCUAAAAGCCACUUUCAAUAUGACAUUUCCUUUUGAAUUGCAGUAGCUCACACUUGUUCCCCCCGUUCCGGCAAGCUUUCCUUUUUCUUUGCCGAGGUUCAUACAAAAAGCCGAUAGCUGUAAAGAUAUAUAUAUUUUUGGUCAGUUUUUCAUUAACUUUUUUGCUGGUAGAGAAGUAUGUAGAAAUAAAUUAAAGCCAUGUUUUUAUAUAUAAAAAGUCGGGUAAUGUUGCUGUUUAGGUGAGUGCAGUUAAACUCGGUCAGUAAAUAAUCUUACCUGCUCUCAAAAGGAGAUUUUUACUACCUGGUUUAUUGUAUUAAAACUGUUUAAGUUUGAGGUUACCUCAACUUGUUUAAAGAAUUUUUGUGGACUUGUACUGUAUAUUUGCGUAACUAUGUCAAGCUUUUAUUUAAGAUCAUUUAACAUGUACCAUGUACAUGUCAUUUUACGAUAUUUCAAUGCAUCAUGCUUGUAACAGGCAUUUCAUUUAUAAGUGAUUAAUUUGGAAGCUCUUCAGUAAUUUAUCUGCUAUUCCUAAAUUGGCGUAAUGUUAGCGAUCUAUUUUAAAUCACCUUGUAAUUACUUGUCAAAAUGCCUUAACCACCCUAACUUGACCAAAAUCUUAUUUUGGUGAGGGCACGGGGAGGAUUGUGUAAUGAAGAAUUAGUUGUUUGCCAUCCGUGGAGCAGUGAGCGGUGGAGAACUUUGCACAACGUGUCAGUCCUUGGUGUUUGUUGAAUCUGAACAAGCUGUACCUAUAGCUGUCUUGUUAGAAGGAAUGUAUUCACGCUGCAGUAUAGGGCUUUGUUUCUCACAUUUGAGAGGGGCCUCUCUCUCAAAUCUGGGUGUCUUUACGUUUUUUUUUCUCCAGUAUUUACUAUCACGCUUCUCGAUUAGAGCAGAUUUGAUCAAUUACUCUUUCCCUUGAACUUACCUUACAAGGCCACCCCUGCAGACCUGGACUGGGUCACACUGGUCCCUGGCACACUUGUCCCCAGCCCUCGUUAUCCUCUCCCCCACUUUCCAGAUCCAGAUGUAUGCGGAUCAGAUAAAUGAGGAUGGUGAUGGUGUUGCACACGCUGUGCUCUGCCUCUGUUGGGCCAGGGUCUGGCAUCCCUGAGCAGAGAUUCAGCCACAGUGUCCGAGGUGGAGCUGUGCUGCUGGGUGGGUGGGAUGCCAGGCCUGGCUCCCGCUCUCCAGACCGCCCUGAGCUGAGCAGCGUCUGCAAAGCCAUUUGCCUCAUAUCACGUAGUGGGAUUUUUGUCUUUUAAUAAAGAACAAAUUGGGGUUUUGAUUUACAAAUCAUGAGUUUAUCCCUCACCAGACACACCAAAGACCAGUAAAGCUGAUAGCUUUUCCAUCUGUUUAUAAAGCAAUACUGUAUUAUAAAGAAUUGAUAUUUUUAUCACAUGCUUGAUUGUUUUUGUUUUGGUUUUAUUUUUUUUUUUUAAGAUGUGCACUCUAAACAUAUCAAACCUAAUUUCUUCCUAUGAACUUAAGCUGUCUGCGCACAACAGAUUUUUGGAAAAGGAAAUGACAGGGCCCUUAACUAAUUUUAAACAAUGCAUGAAGCAGUAACACUUCCUAGGAAUUAGUUUAUUGUGACUAUUCACGAGAGGAACGUACAAGAAAGGUGUUCCAUGAAACAGAAGCGGUGAGCAGAGUGCAGGCUGAUGUUCAGCUGCUGCAGAGGGGGUGUGUUUGUUACCAGGAGCCAGUGGCUCGGGAGCAGUGAAGGAAAGGAAGAGUUUUAGACACCUCUAACCAGGUACCAUCGCAGGGCUGGCAGGAGCUGAGGGUCCUGCAGCAACUGGGUACCUGGGUAAAACUGGGCAAAGAUGUGGUGAGUUGGAGAAACUGUGGUUCCUUGUUACUUUCGUGGCUAUCUUUGGGAGACCUGCAACAUACAGCUUCCUUUGAAAUGUACUUUGUGUUUAUGAAGAAGGUAUGGCUGGAAAAAACCAAAACAGAGACCAGGUUUUGGGACCAGAGAGUUAGGACGGAGUUCAGGGAGAAGGGAGCAGCGAAGGUCUGGCAAAGAUGUGAAGGGUUUUGUGAUGGAACCUCCAUCUCUCCGUAACGGACAUCCUUUCUCCAGGGGGAAAAAAACAGAUUGUAUGUAGGAACCGACUGUAUGAAGUAGUUUCUUACAAAGAUAGCUGAAAACAUGAAAUGAAUCUGAGUCUGUAUCUAAUGAGGUUGCUUUUUUGUUGUUGUUAAAUGAGACUAUCAUCUAUGCUUACCUAAGAGGCAAUUAUGUGAAUUUCUUGUCUGAGGUAUAACUUAUGCAGGAAUAGUUCUGUAAAUACAUUUAAAUGAAUUGUAAAGAUAUUUAAUAAAUAUAGUAUUUAUACUAAAA